AUGGUGAUUGGCGGUGACGGAUACUGCGGCUGGGCGACGGCGCUGCACCUAUCAGAGCAAGGCUAUGACGUGUCCAUCGUGGACAAUCUCAGCCGUCGAUUGUUCGACGAGCAGCUCGGAUCGCAGACCCUCACGCCGAUCGCAUCCAUCCACGAUCGCGUGCGACGCUGGCGAGAGAUCACGGGGAAAUCGAUCGCACUGUACAUCGGCGACGUGUGCGACUUCGAAUUCCUCGCAGACGCGUUCCAGACGUUCGAGCCGACGGCCGUGGUGCACUUCGGUGAGCAGCGGUCGGCGCCCUACUCCAUGAUCGAUCGCAACCGCGCGGUGUUCACGCAGCAUAACAACGUGAUCGGUACUAUCAAUGUUAUGUUUGCGAUCAAGGAAUUCGCUCCCGAGUGUCAUUUGGUGAAGCUGGGGACCAUGGGCGAGUACGGAACGCCGAAUAUCGACAUUGAGGAGGGCUUCAUUACAAUCACACACAACGGCAGGACGGACACGCUGCCGUACCCGAAGCAGGCCAGCUCUUUCUAUCAUCUCAGCAAGGUGCACGAUUCGCACAACAUCGCGUUCGCGUGCAAGGCUUGGAACAUGCGCGCGACGGACCUGAACCAGGGCGUGGUGUACGGCGUCGCGACGCCCGAGACGGAGAAAGACGUCAUGCUCAUUAACCGUCUGGAUUACGACGGGGUGUUUGGUACCGCUCUCAACCGAUUCGUUGUCCAGGCGGCCGUGGGACAUCCGUUGACGAUUUACGGCAAGGGCGGACAGACCCGCGGGUACCUGGACAUCCGUGAUACCGUACGAUGCGUCGAGCUUGCAAUUUCCAACCCCGCCAAGCUGGGCGAGUUCCACGUGUUCAACCAGUUUACGGAGCAGUUCUCUGUGCGGGACCUGGCAAGGCUGGUGACAGCAGCAGGGGAGAAGAUGGGCAUUGAAGUGAAGUCCAUCAACGUGCCCAACCCCCGUGUCGAGGCGGAGGAGCACUAUUACAACGCCAAGCGCACCAAGCUGCUGGAGCUGGGGCUGCAGCCGCACUUCCUGGGAGACGCUCUGCUCGACUCUCUGCUCAACUUCGCUGUGAUCUACAAGGACCGCGUCGACGCCAAUCAGAUCAUGCCAGCUGUCUCCUGGAAGAAGAUCGGUGUCAAGCCCAAGUCGUCCGUCACAACCACGCCUGCGCAGUAG